UUUUCGUCGCCAGAGUCAUAUACAUGAGAAGGCAUGGCUAGCCUACGCGAACAGAUAGCUAAAUUAUCAUCAACUGUGCCAGAAUUUAAAGACCCUGAAGAUUUUUUUGAAGAUGAUACAUCUGCUAGAUUAGUGGAGAAAGGUGAUGAUGAGGUAGAUGAUCUCCACUUCACCAGUAGUAAACUUAGACAGAGGGCAGCACCACUGUUGACAGAUUCUGACAAAAAAUAUGCUGGGAAGAGAACAUCAAGAAAAAAACUGGAUGAACUGGAAGAGUUAGAGAAUUACCCUUAUGAUGAAAAAGAUCAGAAUUUAGAUGAUGAAAGUGAUGAAUUAGAUGAAGUUGUAUCGGAAGAUGGAGAUAAAACAGAUUCAGAGGAUGAAAUUUUGUGUAAAGGAGAUAAUUCAGAUGAUGAAGAUGAAGAAAAUUUAGAAGAAUUUCAAUCAAGUUUUAAAGCAGCAACAUUGAGUGAAAGUAAAUCAGAAUUCAGUUAUGAAGAUGAUGGAGACUACAGUAAAUAUGCAGAUAAUGAUGAAAUGGAAGACAAUAGUGACCUGAAUGACAAGGAAGAUGAAAGUGACAAGGAAGAUGUUAGUGGUGAGGAUAUGUCAGAUGAUGAAACUGGUGAUGAAGAUGAGGAUGAAGAACAGGAUGAGGAAGAACAAGAUGAAGAUGUAAAAAGUUUUUCAAGGACUAGUGUGGCAGAAGAGGUGCAAAAAGGGGAAGCUGCAAAACAACAAUUAGGAUUAUGGGAUAGUUUUCUAGAAGGUAGAAUAAAACUUCAAAAAGUAGCAGGAAUUAUAAACCAGAUGCCACAGUUUGAUGUCUGGAAACAGUUUGAGAAGGAUGGCGGAGCAGAGUUCAGAGAGUCAACAGCAGACACUCACGCCAUGUUAAAGAAAUUGUUGGAUAAACUGGUACAGUUACAGACGUUGUUGAUGUUACAGAACUCGGAAACCAGACACAUGAUCAGUGGACUAAAAGCCAAAAAAGAGCAACCAAAAGAUGAUGAUGACGAUGAAGAAAUUCCAAGUGAUACAGAUGAGGAAGAGAAACCUAAACAAAAACAGGAACCAGUGCAAGUGGGUGUGAAAAGGAAGAUUAAAAUUGACAAUUACCCAGAGUUCCUUGCAAAAAGACAUAAAGAUUUCCAGACUUUCAGAAACAACACAAUCCAGAAAUGGUAUGACAAGACUCGUCUGUCUGGUGGUAAACUCAAAAGUAAAUCAUUCUCUAACUUUGAACAGUCAGCACUGAAACAAAUAGACCAGAUUUUAGGUGACAAAGAUAGGUUGAUAAAAAGAACCCAGUUGAAGAGAUCUGUCUACACAGUCCUGGGUAAACCAGAUGAUGAACAGAAAAAUGAGGAACAGAUAAACAAUGAACCGACAACAGAUAUGACAGGAGACCAUCUGAGGAAUCAUGAUGCAGAAAUAUUUGAUGACAGUGACUUUUAUCACCAACAGUUACGGGAGUUAAUAGAACGUAAAACUGCAGAUAUAGAAGAUCCUGUGGCUAUUAGCAGGCAGUGGUUAGAAAUACAGAAACUGCGUAAUAAAGUCAAAAAGAAGAUAGACACCAAGGCCAGUAAAGGAAGAAAGACUAGGUACAAUGCACAUUCAAAACUUGUAAGUUUUAUGGCACCUAUGGACAACAUUACAUGGACAGAUGAAUCUAAAGAUGACUUGUAUAAAUCAUUGUUUGGGAGGAGAUUCCAGUCUGAAAAAGAGACAGUGAAUGGAACUAACUUGUCUGCACAGGGAACUGUUGAUGAAAGCUGACAACUUUAGCAGAUAACAGAUAGAAAUUAUUGAUCUUUUUAUAUGAUAUAAUAAAGUGCAAUAAUAAA